ACUCUUGCGGGGCGUGGCCGUGCUGGCAAGAUGGUGGCGUCCGAGAAAAUGAUAUUUCCGGAGAAACUAAGCCACAAAAAGUACAGGGCCGCCCUGAAGAAGGAGAAACGAAAGAAACGUCGGCAGGAACUCGCUCGACUGAGAGACUCAGGACUGUCACAGAAGGAGGAGGAGGAGGAGGAGACAGCGGCGGAUGCUUUUAUUGAACAACGACGAGAAGAAGAGAGGCUGUUGGAGAGAGAGAGGCAAAAAUUACACGAGGAGUGGUUGCUGCGGGAACAGAAGGCGCAAGAAGAAUUCAGAAUAAAGAAGGAAAAGGAAGAGGCAGCUAGAAAACGGCAGGAAGAACAAGAGAGGAAGUUAAAGGAAGAAUGGGAAGAACAGCAGAGAAAAGAGAGAGAAGAGGAACAGCAGAAGCUACAAGAGAAGAAGGAAAGAGAGGAAGCUGUGCAGAAGAUGCUGGAGCAGGCUGAAAAUGAGUUGGAAAAUGGCACCACAUGGCAAAACCCAGAACCACCCAUGGAAUUAAGAGUAAUGGAAAAAGAUCGAGCUAAUUGUCCAUUCUACAGUAAAACAGGAGCUUGCAGAUUCGGAGAUAGGUGUUCACGUAAACACAAUUUCCCGGCAUCAAGUCCCACCCUUCUUAUUAAAAGCAUGUUUACGACAUUCGGGAUGGAGCAGUGCAGAAGGGACGACUAUGACCCCGACGCAAGUCUGGAGUACAGCGAAGAGGAAACCUACCAGCAGUUCCUGGACUUCUAUGAUGACGUGCUCCCCGAGUUCAAGAAUGUGGGGAAAGUGAUACAGUUCAAGGUCAGCUGCAACUUGGAACCUCAUCUCAGGGGCAAUGUGUAUGUUCAAUAUCAAUCGGAAGAAGAAUGCCAAGCAGCCCUUUCUCUGUUUAAUGGACGGUGGUACGCAGGACGACAGCUUCAGUGCGAAUUCUGCCCAGUGACCCGAUGGAAAAUGGCAAUUUGUGGUUUAUUUGAAAUACAGCAGUGUCCAAGAGGGAAACACUGCAACUUUCUUCACGUGUUCAGAAAUCCCAACAAUGAAUUUUGGGAAGCGAAUCGAGACAUGUACCUGUCUCCGGAUCGGACUGGCUCCUGCUUCAGUAAGAACUCAGACAGGAGGGAGCGACCGGGCCGCCACGACGACUACUACAGUAGGCCGCGGAGGAGGAGGAGCCCCGGGCCGGCCCACUCCUACAAGAGGAACGGGGAGGCCGAGAGGAGGAGGAGGAGGAGCUACGGGGGCAAGAAAUCCCACAAGCACGCGUCCAAAAGCCGGGAGAGGCACAGUUCCCGAAGCAGAGGAAGAAAAAGGGGCCGCAGCCGUGGCCGGGGCAGCCGCAGCCGUGGCCGGGGCAGCCGCAGCCGUGGCCGGGGCGGCCGGGGCAGCCGCAGCCGUGGCCGGGGCAGCCGCAGCCGUGGCCGGGGCAGCCGCAGCCGCCGGAGCCGCAGCCGGAGCUCCUCCAGGUCCAGGAGCCGUGGCAGGAGGACGUCGGGGAGCCGAGACUGAACUCUGCAGAGUCCCAAAUCCAAAUAAACUUACCACGUCCUUCAGUGAUUGUACACCCUUUAUUAUGGCGGUUGCAUAGUUGGAUAGAGGGCUCUCAGCUCACGUUGGUUAGCAAGUCUGGCAAAAGCCUAUGUAGCCUGGAACCCUAUUUAAAAAUACUUCUAUUCUCUGGUAAUCACAGUGUGCUUACUAUAGAAAACCUAGAAAACAUAAAAUGUAUACAACACAAAAAUUAUUUAUAAUCCUGACCCUUAAAGAUAACCAAUUGGGCUUCCCUGGUGGCGCAGUUGUUGAGAGUCCGCCUGCCUUUGCAGAGGACACAGGUUCGUGCCCCAGUCCGGGAAGAUCCCACAUGCCGCGGAGGGGCCCGUGAGCCAUAGCCGCUGAGCCUGCGCGUCCGGAGCCUGUGCUCCGCAAUGGGAGAGGCCACAGCAGUUAGAGGCCCGCGUACUGCAAAAAAAAAACAAAAACAAAAACACAAAAAAACAAUUAACACUGGAGCAUUGCUUUAAGUCUUUUUUUUUCUCUUAUGGGUGUGUACACAUUUUUUUUACACAAAGAUAACGUGUCUGCAGUGAAUAUGCUUUUUUUCACACCAAACAUUGUCCUAUUUCAUCGAGCCCUAGUGUUACUGUUAUUUUCACUCACUGCAUAGUGUGGAUCUAUCAAUUUAUUCAACAGUAUCCCUAUUGUUGGAUUUUUAAGUUAUUUUAAGUUUUGAACUAUUAAAGAA